CUAUACUAUAGAGUCAUAGGCCACAAUCAUGUAGUCAGAUGAGUACUCGGUAGAGAUAGGAUCUGGCAAGCGAUACUGGUAUAUUUUUAGGCUUAAUUUGUAUAGAGAAAAGUGGAAAAAGGAGCAUAUCCACCUAUAUAAGAGGGCAAGAAUGCUAGAGUCAUGGUUUGGGUAGCAUUUCAGCGGUCUAAUAGGUUCGAAUUGGUCCGUUUAGAGCGAGACUUUAAAGUAAAGAAGCAUGGCUACUCUGCAGGGUUAUAUCUUGCUUUAUUGGAAGAAUAUGUGCCUACUAUUAUAAUCUUAGCUUCACUUUCAUGCAGGAUAAUGCUCCUAUCUAUACUACUUAAAAGGUCAAGCAAUACUUUGAAAAUGAUAGUAUAAGAGUCAUGGAUUGGCCACCCUAUUUGCCUGAUUUAAACCCAGUUGAAUACCUC